CUCCGGUCUUCACUUAUGUAUCGUAGUGACAUCAAGCAUCUCCUUGGUCACUGUAACUCUCUGAUUAGUCUUUUUCAUUACUCUAACUGGCAGGUAAUACUCUCUGAUUAUAUUGGGAAGAAGUAUGUAAUUCUGUUUUUCUAUCCACUGGACUUCACAUUUGUUUGUCCCACUGAGAUAACUGCUUUCAGUGACCGCUACUCGGAAUUUGAGAAGUUAAAUACAGAGAUAUUGGGUGUUUCAGUUGACAGUGUGUUCUCCCAUCUUGCAUGGGUUCAAACAGACAGGAAGUCAGGGGGGCUCGGAGAUCUGAACUAUCCGUUGAUAUCUGAUAUCACUAAAUCAAUUUCAAAGUCUUAUGGAGUCUUGAUCCCUGAUCAGGUUAUUGCGUUGCGAGGACUGUUCAUCAUUGACAAGGAAGGUGUGAUUCAGCACUCUACCAUCAAUAACCUCGCCAUCGGUCGUAGUGUUGAUGAAACCAUGAGGACUCUUCAGGCAUUGCAGUAUGUCCAAGAGAACCCAGAUGAGGUUUGCCCUGCAGGAUGGAAACCUGGAGAGAAAUCGAUGAAGCCGGAUCCUAAACUCAGCAAGGAAUAUUUUGCGGCUGUUCCAUGAGUACUGAUGUGCCAAGUUUUCUCUAAGAUUCGGGAUGGACUCUACCCUUCAACCUAUUGUGAGUUAACCGGUCGAUAUAUUCUCUGUUCGCACUGAAUAAAAAUGGGGCAGACUUUACCCCUUUGUAGCGUAACUCCAUUUACAGAUGCUGCUGCCUGUUCUUGUGCCCUUCUCUGCUAUUUAAAUUGUCUGUCCAAAUCCCCUGA